AUGGUUCCUAGAGCCAAAUCCUUGGCGUUUGUCACGCGCCCCGUCCCCUGGUCGCGCGCCCUGUCUCGUCGUCGCGCCGCCCUCCCCCCCCCCCACCUCGUCGCGCGCCCUACUCACCGCCGCGUCGCGCGCCCUGCCCGUCGUCGACGUGCGCGGCCGUCCCGCCGUCGACGCGCGGCCUCCCCGCCGUCGAUGCGCGCGCGCGCGUCUUGCCCACCGCCCUCCAUCUCCUUGGCCACCCUUCCCUCCUCCCAGCCACCCUUCCUUACCCUCUCGUGGGCGGCCUGCCACACCUCCCUGCAGGCGCCUUCCCCUCCCCCCCCAUGGUGCGCCUUCUUCUGCCGUUUCUGCACCACCUCCUCCUUCUCCCCUCACCCCAUCCGCCUCUUCACCUCCUCCUCCUCUCCUCAUUCCUUCCUCCCUUCCGUGCCUUUCCUCCCUUCCUCCACCUCCUUCCCCUCCGCAUCUGCCACCUGGCUGCGUGUUACUGAUUGCCACUUGGUGAUCGUGACCCUACUUCCUCCCCACACUCCGCUCCUUCACCCUCCUCCUCCUCUUCUCUCUCCCUCUAUUUCCCCCACCCUCUCACCUCUUCCUCCGCCUCUCUUCUCUCCCUAUCUGCUGCAGCUGCUGACUACAUCGCCCCUAUUCCUCCUCUUCUUUUCUCUCUCCAACACUGCUUUACUGCUAUCCCCUCCCCCAUAUGGGGCCUCUUCUCACUCUUACCUCUCUUCCUCUGCGCUUCCAUCCUCACCCUUCCCCCGCCGUACCUCCUCUCCUACCAUUGCCUUCCCUACUCUCCGCCCCCUUCGCUGCCCCUUCCUCCCCUUCCGCCCUUCCUACUUGCCGUUGUACCUCCCCUCUUCUCCACCCCUCUUCUUGGAUUCCGCUAUCCCAUCAGCGUCGCCGCUCUUCUGCCGCUGUAACCUCUGGUUUUGGCUCUCUGGCCUCUGUUUUCAGUGUGACCAUGCCAUCUCAGGAUAG